AUGAGCUCCCAAAAUUCUACAAUUCAGAACAUAUCAAGCUCUCACAGACCAUGCAUCCCUCGUAACGAAACCAUACUAUUCCAUAACUCAUCCUUCUUCAAACAAUCACCAUCUCGCAACCUCUCCAUCCCCACAGGAGUCCGAGAGGCCACAGAUUCCUUAAAAUGCUCUACAAAAGUUCCAUUUUCCUCUCUGAAAUCCGAUGGUAAAGGUGGAGCGCGACUCUAUAACGGAGAGGGAUUCCUCUACAUGGAGCUGGUGAGAGGUGUCACCCUUAGCAGAGAUGGGGGUACUCUGUCUGAUUCUGAUAAACUCGCUAUAUUCAAUGGCCUGCGUGGGCUUGAGCAGGAUGCAUCAGACGCGAUCUUCACCAAUAUCUGCCUCCGUUCCGCUGCCCCUUUCCCCGACGUCAAGAUUUUUAAUGACUGGUUGUCAAACCUCCCUCGAUGUAAAAAGCUGGGGAUUUUUCCUCCGCACCCAAUGCGUCCAGGACUUCCUGACAAUGUGGGCAUUACUUUUACUCACAGCGACCUUCAUCCUAGUAAUUCUGGUUGGUAUCCGGCGUAUUGGGAGUAUUGUAAAGCUCGUUGGACAGCGGAGAUAAGCGGGGGGUGGGAAAAGGGUGUAUCUUGUUAGUGAGGAUGCGUAUAAGCAUUGGGAUUAUUAUUGUUUGAGUCUUGGCGUUUGAGAGGUGAAGGUUUCCUGGUGUAGAUGUGGCUUCUGACUACUGAAUGGUAUGUCAGUAGUCUCGUUGUGAAAAUAAGAGCGGAGCAAAGACCUGAGCAAACCCGGAGGUACUCACUCACAUUCGAAUGUAAUAUAUGCCCGACUACCCAGCAAUCAAUCCAAUGGCAUAACAAUGCAAUUCCACAUCUCUACUGCUGCUAUUUCUCCUCAUCGCUCCCCUCAGAUUUGUCCUUGAUAGCCUGCAUGAGCUCAUAAAGCUGUCCGAUCUGCUGGUCUGCCCGAUUGCCCUAUUAGAAAACAAGAAGCUAAGGAAGAAAGACUGCACAAACCACUCAU